AGGAAGGAGGGCACUGCCUCAGUUUUACAGACGUCCGAGGUACCGGGGAACUGAAAGUGGGGGUGCUGAAAAGCUUGGCUGAGUCUAGAAACCGGAUUGGAAAUUAGAAGCCAAAUCUGUCCCCAGGUGACUUUGUGGGAAAGGGACCUGGAGCAGAAACCCGGCUAGGAGAAACCCCCGGGCAGAGUGGAUAAACCCUCCAACGCCUUUCCCGUUUCCUCCCUCUUUCCACAGUGGAGCUGAGCCGAGACGCCUCCAACCUGCGCUUCCACCUGCUGCUCGACCGGGAGGCGCUGCCUGUGGAGAUGCUAGAGAAGCCGCGGCUGAUGAGCGCCCAGCUGUGGCUGUUUCUGCAGCCCCCUUCCCCGCCCCCUCGGACUGAGGGGUUCACCUUCCCGCUAGAAGCUGAAGCAAAAAGCCUGAGGUUCGACCUGACGCGGCCGCUGCGACGCUGGCUCAGACCAGGCCGGACCGCUGCGCCCCAGCUGCGGCUGCCCCUGGCUCUGCCUCCCAGCAUGGCCCUGGAGCUGCUCCGACGGCCUCCGGUCCCGCGCGCCAGCCUGCGCGUCAAGUUCCAGGCCCCAGCGGGCAGGAAGAGCCGCAGGGUGCGGGCGCUACAGCCGGAUAAGGACUGCGAAAAGGGCAGCGGGAGCCGCUGCUGCGCUCGCUCGCAGCGCGUGUCCUUCCAGGAGCUUGGCUGGGCAGACUGGGUGCUGGCGCCGCGCGAAUACGAGAUGCGCUUUUGCGAAGGCUCCUGCCCGCACAACUACCGGCCCGCAAGCCUGCACGCACAGCUCAAGGCCCGCCUACACAGCGUGUCCCCUGCCGCUGUGGGCCCACCCUGCUGCGCACCCUCUGCCUACGAGCCCAUAGUGCUCAUGCAUUAUGGCAGUGAUGGGCAGGUGACGCUCACGCCCUUUGAAGAUCUGGUCCCUACAACUUGCCACUGCGCAUGACCCAGCGCGACCUGGGGGGCUCCUGCGCUGCAAAGUCAAGGGGCUGGACAUUAGCGGGCUAGGAUGGACCACACCUAGCUUCCCUUCUCCCCAGCCCAGCCAGGCAGCCCAAAGCUGACCUCUACACUGCAAAUCCAGAGUGGCUGAAGAAGGGGUCCGGGGUGGCCACCUGUGGCACCUGUCAUAGCUGUGGCCAAAGAGUGGAGCUGAAGCUGGCCCUCCUUGGCGGCUAUGUUUCCUCCCUCCUGGCUUGGGAGAA